GCUCUAUGACUAUGAGUUAGCGCAUUGUCUGUUGACUAAAUAUUCGCAUUUCGCCAGCGCAGCGUGUUCAAAGUUCAGUGAAUUUACAGUGUGCAUUCGACACGUACAGUACGAAGUACUUAGGUCUUCUCAAAAAUAGAGCUUCGUGAUUUAAAUACGGUUGUUUCAUUAUUAUUAGUAGUGUUUAUUCCAUGGACAUUCGUAACAGCAGAUGUAAGCAGGACAAAUAAUACGGAUAUAGUGCGACAAUAAUAUCGGGCUCGAAAUAGAUCACUCAUUGUCAGGCUUGCGAAAAAUGCGCUUUAAAUUGGUAAUAUUCAUCGUUUUGUUCUCUUGCUGCAUCCAAGGGGAAGCAGGGUGGCGAAAAAAAACCAAAGAAAGAUCACCAGUGAUACUGAUUCCAGGAGACGGCGGAAGCCAGGUUGAAGCAAAGCUCAACAAGUCAAGUACAAUUCAUUAUGCUUGUGAGAAAACAUCGAGUGACUAUUUCAAUAUUUGGCUCAAUUUAGAACUCCUGGUGCCAUAUGCGAUAGGAUGCUGGAUCGACAACAUGGUCCUGAACUAUGAUAAUGUUACAAGAACCACACACAAUCAGCCAGGAGUUGAUAUUCGAAUACCUGGCUGGGGCGAUCCAUUUGUCGUCGAAUACCUUGAUCCCAGCAAAGCAUUUCCUGGCUCGUAUUUCAAGGACAUUGGAAAUAUGCUGGUCGACAAUCUAGGCUAUAUUAGAAACGUUUCAUUACGCGGAGCGCCUUACGAUUUUCGGAAAGGACCCGGCGAGAAUCAGGAUUUCUUUGUUAAACUAAAGACUCUCGUCGAGGAAACUUACAUAAUGAACAAAAAUCAGCCUGUAACUCUGCUUGCUCACAGCAUGGGUUGUCCAAUGACUUUAAUAUUCCUCCAACAACAAAGUCAGAAGUGGAAAAAUAAGUACAUCGAAUCUAUGAUCACUUUGGCUGGCGUAUGGGGCGGAUCGGUCAAAGCUAUCAAAGUUUUUGCAAUCGGUGACAAUUUGGGUACCUAUUUUUUGCGUGAAAGUGUACUGAGAGAAGAACAAAUCACAAACCCCAGUCUAGGAUGGCUACUACCUUCAAAAUUAUUCUGGAAAGACACAGAAGUUUUGGUUGAAACAGCUACUAAAAAUUAUACGCUCGCUGAUUUGCAGCAGUAUCUAAUAGACAUAAAUGUACCAAACGGCUGGGAGUUUCGUAAAGAUAACGAAAAGUAUCAGCUUCAGUUCACAGCACCUGGAGUAACGGUUCAUUGCUUGCACGGAUCAGAAGUGGGAACAGUAGAAAAACUAUCAUACGGAGAUCUAAAUGAUUACCCUAAGCUCGUUUUGGGGGACGGCGAUGGGACUGUAAAUUCUCGCAGUCUGGAGGGCUGUUUACAUUGGCAGGAUAAGCAAAAACAAAAAAUAUAUCACAAGGAGUUCCCAAAAGUUGACCACAUGCAAAUACUGAGAAAUGUUGAUAUAUUGAACUACAUAUCAACUGUUCUCAAAGUUUGAUGUUUAAUUUGUUAAUAUCAAAUCAUAAAAAAAAUUUUAAACUUAUAGGUAGGUGUUUAUUCAAGUAAUUUGUGAUAAGUUACUGAUUUUUACGAAAUAAGUUUAUGCUUCAAGGACUCUUAUUUAACUACAAUUUAAGAGAAAUUCUCUUGUUAAAUACCGUUACUUAGGUCUUAGCAUGUUUCUUCUAUGUACACGGUCAAAGUAUUUGUUGAUACGCUCGAUUUACUCAGAAGAAUAAUCAUGUGAAGAUAACAAAAGCGUGUAAAUUUUGCUCUAUGAGUACAUGUAAAUAUAAGUAUUAGAUUUUUCAUAGUUUGUUCGGAGUUGUAACAAUAUCUGUCGUCCAAUUUAUUGUAACUGUAAUUACAGCAAUACUGAAUUUCAACCAAUUUUCAUCUUCCAAUUUACCAAUUAUAUUAGCAUGAAUUGCAUUAUGGUAAAAUCUAUCUACUCUA